AUGCGACCGUUGUUCUGGAGCAUCCUCUGUUUCACCCUCAUUACCGCGGGCGAACUUGCGGCCGCGGCCAGAGCCACCAGAUCCCUGGCGUUUCGGAAGGGCAGCUCCUUUUUCUAUAGAGUGAAUUACAAGAUCACCUCGUUCUCUUACACGACCAUCUUCGCCCAGGCGUCCGGCUUCAAGCUGGUAUGGGAGCUUCCAAGCGGCACCACUGCCACCAGGAUCGGCAGGUCCAUCUACGACGUUCACCGAGCGGCGGAGCUCGUCUACGAGAGCCACGGAUUCGACGGGAGAGCUUGUCUGCUGAAGAACAUCUGUCAGGCGAUGGACUACGUGAGCCAGAGAGACGGGGUGAUCGCAAAGAUAUUCAAACUGCUGGCCGGAUCGUACGCGACCAACGGUUCAUCCGUGGCUCCACUCUACUGCGACGUCCACGUCAGGAGCUGUCCUCUCGAGUUGAUCGACAUCGACAGUUUCAUGGAUCCGUGA